AUCUAUGGAAAUCUCCGUCUUAAAGAAAAAGAAGAACACAAAAAGACACAGCUCACAAGUCACGUCUUUUAUUUAAUGUCUGCACUUUGUCUAUAAACAGAGAGAGAGAAAGUCUUUACUCUCUCGUUUGUCUUACCUUCUCUUACAUUUUAUUUGAGAAGUGUUGAGUUCCCUUCACUUUUUGUAGGGUCUGGAGUGGAUUUUUCCUUCAGAUAUUUUUUGAAAAAGUGAAUGGCAGAGAUAGGGAAGACAGUGCUUGAUUCAGGAUGGUUAGCUGCUAGAUCAACUGAGGUUCAUCUCAGUGGGACCCAACUCACUACCACUCAUUCUCCUUCUGGUCUUGAUAAACCAUGGAUGGAAGCUGCUGUUCCUGGAACUGUUUUGGGAACCCUGGUGAAGAACAAAGUUGUUCCUGAUCCUUUUUAUGGGUUAGAAAACGAAGCGAUUAUUGAUAUAGCUGAUUCUGGAAGGGAGUAUUAUACAUUCUGGUUCUUCACAACUUUUCAGUGUAAGCUGUCAGCAAACCAGCAUCUGGAUCUGAAUUUUCGUGGAAUCAAUUACUCGGCAGAACUAUAUUUAAAUGGAAACAAGAAGAUCUUGCCAAAGGGGAUGUUUCGAAGACAUUCUCUUGAUGUUACUGAUAUUCUACAUCCUGAUGGUCAGAACUUGCUUGCUGUUCUGGUUCACCCUCCAGAUCAUCCUGGUACAAUUCCCCCAGAAGGGGGGCAGGGUGGUGAUCAUGAGAUUGGAAAAGAUGUUGCCACGCAAUAUGUUGAGGGAUGGGAUUGGAUAGCUCCUAUAAGGGAUAGGAACACUGGCAUAUGGGAUGAGGUAUCGAUUUCCAUCACUGGGCCAGUGAAAAUAAUAGAUCCCCACUUGGUUUCAACCUUUUUUGAUGGUUACAAGAGGGUAUAUCUGCACACUACAACAGAGUUGGAAAACAAAAGUUCCUCGGUUGUUGAAUGUGAUCUGAACAUCCAAGUGACAUCAGAACUUGAAGGAGGUGUUUGCAUAGUAGAACAUCUUCAGACUCAACAUCUGUCUAUCCCCUCUGGAAAACGUGUUCAACAUACAUUUCCUCAGCUUUUUUUCUACAAGCCCAACUUAUGGUGGCCAAAUGGAAUGGGAAAGCAAGCAUUAUACAAUGUCACUAUUACUGUUGAUGUAAAGGGACAUGGAGAGUCUGACUCAUGGAGCCAUAUGUAUGGAUUCCGUAAAAUUGAGAGCUAUAUUGAUAGUGCAACUGGUGGAAGGUUGUUCAAGGUCAAUGGGCAGCCUAUUUUUAUCCGCGGUGGUAAUUGGAUAUUGUCGGAUGGGUUGCUAAGGCUUUCUAAAAAACGCUACAAAACAGACAUCAAGUUUCAUGCAGAUAUGAAUUUUAACAUGAUCCGUUGUUGGGGUGGUGGAUUAGCUGAGAGGCCAGAGUUCUAUCAUUACUGUGACAUCUAUGGUUUGCUGGUGUGGCAAGAAUUUUGGAUAACUGGAGAUGUUGAUGGAAGAGGUGUCCCUGUUUCAAAUCCAAAUGGUCCACUUGACCAUGACCUUUUUAUGCUAUGUGCAAGAGACACUGUCAAGCUUCUACGAAAUCAUCCUAGUCUUGCUCUUUGGGUGGGUGGAAAUGAACAAGUUCCGCCACCUGACAUCAACAAUGCUUUAAAGGAUGAGCUGAAGCUCCAUCCUUAUUUUGAGAGUCUCCAUAACACUGGCAAGUCUGUGCAAGAACUGUCUGCAAGUGUGAAAGAUCCUAGUAAUUAUCUUGAUGGUACACGCAUUUAUAUCCAAGGAUCAAUGUGGGAUGGCUUUGCAAAUGGAAAGGGGGACUUCACUGAUGGUCCUUAUGAAAUACAAUACCCAGAAAGUUUCUUCAAGGAUGAUUUUUACAACUAUGGAUUCAAUCCUGAGGUUGGUUCUGUUGGAGUGCCAGUUGCUGCUACCAUCAAAGCUACAAUGCCUCCAGAAGGAUGGAAAAUUCCAUUGUUUAAGAAGCUUCCAGAUGGGUAUGUAGAAGAAGUGCCAAACCCCAUAUGGGAAUACCACAAAUACAUUCCUUAUUCAAAACCAGGCAAGGUUCACAAUCAGAUUCUACUAUAUGAGACUCCAACAGAUCUUAAUGAUUUUUGCUUGAAGGCUCAGCUUGUAAACUACAUUCAGUAUAGAGCUCUAUUGGAAGGCUGGACGUCCCGUAUGUGGAGCAAAUACACUGGUGUUUUGAUUUGGAAGACUCAGAAUCCUUGGACAGGUCUUAGAGGUCAGUUUUAUGACCAUCUACACGACCAAACAGCAGGUUUUUAUGGCUGUCGCAGUGCUGCAGAGCCAGUCCAUGUCCAGCUAAAUUUGGCUACGUAUUUUAUUGAGGUUGUUAAUACUCUGUCAGAGCAACUAUCUGAUGUUGCCAUAGAAGCAUCGGUAUGGGAUCUCGAAGGAACAUGCCCAUAUUAUGUAGUGCAUGAAAAGCUCUCUGUUCCUUCAAAGAAAACAGUACCCAUACUUGAGAUGAAAUAUCCAAAAUCAAAAAACCCAAAGCCAGUCUACUUUCUUCUUCUCAAACUCUACAAGAUGUCAGAUUAUGGGGUUAUAUCUAGGAAUUUUUACUGGUUGCAUCUGCCUGGUGGAGACUACAAACUGUUGGAGCCAUACAGGAAGAAGAGAGUUCCCCUUAAGAUUAGAUCGACCACUUUUAUCAAAGGGUCCACUUAUGAAAUGGAAAUGCAUGUCGAAAACAAGUCCAAAAGGCCAGACUCAAAAAGUUUAACCUACAAGAAUAAUUUUGUUACCAGAAUUGGUGAUGGUGAUUUUGACAUGGCCUCAGUGGAGCCGGUAAAUAGUGCAGCUGAGGAAAAACAGGAGGCUAGUUUAUUCCAGAGGAUCUACAGACGUUUUUCAGGGGAAACUGAUGAUUUGCAGGUUUCUGAAAUUAACGGCUCUGAUGAAGGAGUUGCUUUUUUCCUAUAUUUCUCUGUUCAUGCUUCGGAACCAGGCCACAAGGAAGGAGAAGAUACAAGAAUUCUCCCAGUCCAUUACUCAGACAACUACUUUUCACUUGUACCCGGAGAGGUGAUGCCCAUCAAGAUAUCUUUUGAAGUUCCUCCAGGUGUUACCCCGCGGAUAAGACUCCAUGGCUGGAAUUACCACAGUGGACACAAAGUUUAUUGAGCUCAGUAAGAUUACUUCCUCUCCAUUUGAUUGUUAGUGGUCUUUCAGAUCAAUCAAAUAAAAAAAAAAGAUUCAACUUCUGGACUCAAAGUUGUCUCAUUUCCUGCACAGCACAGAGCUUGUACAAGUUGACAUUGAAGAUAAAGCAGGGGUGCCAGAGAGCUUUCAGAUUCAUUUUCUGUACUUCCUAUUGUUUGAGGUUAUAUAUCGUAAUAGUAGUAUGUAUUUUGAUUUCCAAUUGUAAAUGACUGUUUCAUUGAACUGCAUUCAGCAUUUGAUGUGGUUUUCUGUGCCUUUUCAUAUACUUUCGAUUCAUUUCUUGAUAUGGAGAGGAAAGAAGUCAGACAACGAA